CAGCCCUCUCCAAUUCGCCUAUAGCGAUGUUGACGUCAAAGUUGUGACGUCGCUACCAUAUAGACUGAGAGGGUUUCAAGUUAUAGCUUACAGAUUUUGACUGAUUCAUUUUGACUAAUCAGUCACUCAGUCAGUCAAAAAUCAAAUAGCUAUGGCCCGCAACCCUCCCCAUCUCACCUAAGGGGCCUGUGACGGCAAAAUCGUGACGUAAUUUUCACACUCUAUGCGUAGUCCAACAAUAUGUGGCCCGCAGCCGCCAAAGGAAAUUUAUGUUCCGUACUGCGUGGUUACUGAUAACCUGUUAGGCUAUAGUUUUAACUCCCAUCCGUCAGGAUUAGUCAAAGACUCACGCCUUUUGACUUGGAUUCUUUCCGUACUAUUAUUGAUUAUGGCCGCAGCAGAUAUGUUGGCGCGGGUGCUUACUGAUUUAAAGUGUGAUAAUUUUGAAUCUGUUUGUAAAAUGCAAAAAGAACUUUUAGAAAGUGUUUAUUCUCGAGCAUUUUUGUUGUCUGGGGAUAUUUAUCCCUUGGUUGGUAAAAGUCUUCAUCGGAAUUUAGGUCCAGAUAUAUACCUUCCAUCUGAGGCGAGGUGUGAAGAUAAAGGAAUUAUUGCUUUAAGGUGAGAUGGGGAGGGUUGCGGGCCAUAGCUAUUUGAUUUUUGACUGACUGAGUGACUGAUUAGUCAAAAUGAAUCAGUCAAAAUCUGUAAGCUAUAAUUUGCAACCCUCUCAGUCUAUAUGGUAGCGACGUCACAACUUUGACGUCAACAUCGCUAUAGGCGAGUUGGAGAGGGCUGUGAACCAUGGCUUUUCGCCGUAAAAAAAUUACAAUUUUUAACGCCCUCCGUUUGCAACGCCUGGAUCGUCGACAUCUUCGCUUGGCUAACAUUUUUCGUCAAAUUUACACUUAGUCACGCGACUUAUCUGACUAACCCUGGAUCCGCACAUGAAU